CAAAAUUUAUCUUGUCGUCUUCCUUGUUUUCUCGGCUUUCAAGAAAAUGCUAUGACUCCGCUCUAGUUCUUCGUCAAUUUCUCUUUGAAGAUUCAAUUUCGCUUCAGAAAUCUCUCAAAUUGAUCGGAUUGAGUCGUCGUUUACCCCAAUUUCUGCAAAUUACGCAUCGGUUUUAUUGGUUCUGCAUAAACGCGAUUGCGAUGAUUUCUGGGUUUCUGCUUCAUGUCGACAUGUGAAGUAAGCUCUCUCGUAUUCUUUGAACUUGAUAUAGUUUGGCAAUUAGAAAUUGAGGUUUUAUGGGUAGUGAAAGAGGGUUCUUUAGGGUUUGCGAAAAAGAAUGGAUAGAAUCAGUAAUUUGCCAGAUGAUAUUAUUUAUCACGCAAUCUCCUUCCUUUCGGCAAAAGAAGCUACUUGCUUGAAGUAUGCCUCCAAGAAAUGGCUGAAUUUGGUUACCAUCAUACCGAGUGCUGUUUUUGUUGACUCCUCGUCGUCUGCCAGUAGUGGAAGUUUCCAAGAUUUCGCUGAUCGAAUAAAAUUGGCUCCACUUACCAGUCACCGUAUGAGGAGAUUCUCUCUAAAGUUGCAGUCUUUGGAUUUUGCUCAGUAUGAAACUGUCAACGAUUGUUUACGCAAAGUGUUGGAGUGUGGUGUCUUGGAUCUUGAACUGGACAUCAAUGUCAAAGGAGAUUACUCACUGCCUUUUGAGAUCUUCACUUGCCAGAGCGUUGUGAAACUGAAACUAGGGUCUGGUUUUGUUAUUGACAUUCUCCCUAAGAAUGCGUUGCUUCCUGCUCUGAAGACUCUCCUUCUUGAUUCAGUUCGGUUCGAAUUCGAUAAUACUGGUGGUUGUGCGUUUACAAGGCUUCUUUCUGCUUGCCCUGUGCUCGAGGAGUUAAUCAUAGAUGGAUUCAACUGUGAACUUUGGAAUUGGUCUCAUACCGUGUAUAGUCGGAUCCUUAAGAGACUUACUAUAAGGCGUGCAUAUUCAAAAGAUUCAGAUGAUUGUGAUGACUAUGAUUUUGAGAGAAUUAGUUUUGAUACUCCCAGUCUUACCUACUUGGAAUACAGGGACUAUAUUCAUGAUGAGUUUCCAGAUGUAAAUCUCAACUCCCUUGUUGAAGCGAAGCUCCAAUUUAAUAUGUGGACUGCUUGGAUGAACACCGAUCUAACGAAUCUGUUCAAGGGGUUGAAACAUGUUCAGAUUCUGCGCUUAAAGUUCAUUGACACGUUGAUGCUGUUUGAUACCUGCAAUGAAGCAGACACAGUGUUUGAAAACAUGUCUCAUUUAGAUUUGCCAAGUGAAGCAGAUGUCUGCUGGGAUCCUCUAAAACUUUUUGUUAAGAAAUCUCCAAAUCUGAAGACUCUCAAAAUUCAGGAUUUGCACCAUGAAUAUCGAGAAUAUCUGGAUUUAAAAUCUGUCUGCGAAUGCUUGGAGGGGUAUUCUUUCCUUUUGUCCUGCCCUGUUGAGAUCCUAACGAUAACCCAGUUCGGUGGACGGAUCGGAGAAAUGGUGCAAAUAAAGCAUGUCUUGGAGAAAUUGCAGUGUCUGGUGCUGUUGGAAGUUCAUGUUGAGGAAAGAAGAGUUGACAAUAAGCUGCAGAUCUUGGCGGAUCUCCUAAUGCUCCCGAGAGCUUCAUCCAAAUGCAAAGUCCAGGUCAAGUUCGUUUGAACAAACAAGAGUUUGUUGCCUCAACAUGAGAACUGUUUUGUUUUGCAUCUUUCGUACAUGAUAUUGCUCUGAAUCGAACAGCUUGGUGUUUUUGUAGGCGUUUUUGUGCCUAAAACACUCGAGUUUGUAAGAGAGAGGCUAAGCUACAUUAGGUCUAUUAUUGCCAAGAAUUCCUCAGAUAUUUUCCAAUGAAGCAAAGCUUUGAGGAUAUAACAUGCACAGUUUUGCUGUU